CUUAACUAUAUUUACUAUUAGAAUAACAUGCAAAUAGGUUUGGCUGAGAAAAUAUACCCUCUAUUUUGAAAAAUGUUAAAAUAUAAUUUUGGUUCCAUAUAUACGUGAUAUUCAUUCUUAAUUUUAGUUCUUUUGUUAAAGUUGUGAGUCAUUCAUGUUUGGUAUAACAAGUUUUAUGUUAGUAUGAUGAAAUCUUAGAGGUGUUAAAAGUGUGAAUUGUACAAGGCACUAUAUAUAUAUAACCUAGAAAAGCAUGAUCUUAUAAUAUAAAAUUUUAAAAUGAUUAGUACAAAAUAAUCGUCUUAAAAAAAGCUUAUAAGGAAAGACUUUCUAAGACGAUUGUCUGUAAUGCCGUCUUAGAAUAUAUACUUUCUAAAACGAUUAUUACAAAUAACCGUCUUAAAAAAUAAGCUCUGGUAGACUUUUUAAGACGAUUGUUUGUAAUAAAUGUCUUAGAAAAUACACUUUCUAAGACGAUCAUUACAGACAACCGUCUUAGAAUGUAUAUUUUCUAAGACGGUUAUUACAAACAACCGUCUUAGAAAGUCCUUUCGUAUAAGAUUUUUGUAUUAACCAUCUUAGAAGAUACAUUUUUUAAGACGGUUAACAGUUAGUAACCGUCUUAAAAAAACUCACAAUACAACAACGGUUAUUUAUGAACCAUCAUGAAAUGUUUUUCACUUUCAACAUCAUCAGAAAUAAUGAUGGUUAACAACCGUCAUGGAAUGUGCAUUUCAACCGUCGUGAAAUGAGUUAUUUCUAGUAGUGGAAAUAAAACUUAUACACAUCUAAAAAUUAGUGUAUAAAACCCAAAUCAAUUUUAAUUUUUAAAAUUCUAAAAAAAACUUAAAAUUGAAAGUUACGUCUAAUAGUUCCUAAGAAAAACUAUCAUUGACCAUGAGAAAAUCAUGUUUUGCCCAAUCGUGGUUUUAGAUUGAUCAGAAAAACCAAGUCAAGCAUGCAUUUAAUAUGGAAUAUUGACCCAUGAAUGUAUAGCAAAUAAAUAAAUUAGGCAACAGAAUAUGGCAUUAAAUAUGGCUAAUGAAAGCAAAACUACUUCUCACAUGUAACUACCAGCAAAUUAAUUCUGCCAAUCCAAAAAUCAAUUUAUGUGCAUUCACAGUAUGAUAUAUCUUUUAAUUCUUUGGCUAGUGAAUAUUAUACACUAUUAAUAUAUACAAAACUAAUUCUCAAAGACCAAAAUGGGGGAACUCCAUGGCUGAAUUGAUGCCAAGCAUUUAAUUAGAUUGAAAUCAAAUUCAGGAUUCUAAGUAGCAUAAUAUUCUGCAAUGGCUUUGUUGGCGAACUAAUAUGUUUUUUUUGUUCCUUUUUCAAAUUUUGAAGUCAUGUACUUAGUUGGGGAUGAUAUUUAUUUUUUUGAUUUCUUGAAUUCUUGUUUAGGGGAGUUGUACUCAGUUGUCUGCAGCCCAAUAGAUGCAGCCUUGGUGGCUACUGCAGGCGGUGAUGACAGAGGAUUUCUCUGGAAGAUUGGCCAAGCGGAUUGGGCUUUUGAGCUUCAAGGCAAUGGGUUUCUGAGAGGUUUUCUGCAUCUUGGGAUCACUUAUCAUAGCAUUCUCAAAGCUAACAUGAAGAAGGUGAAGCAUUUGGUGGAGCCGCCAGAUUCCAAGACCAAAUUGUCUCUGUGGAAGGCUGAUCUUGCUCAAGAGGGAAGCUUUGAUGAAGCCAUUAAAGGUUGCACUGGUGUUUUCCAUGUGGCAACCCCCAUGGAUUUUGACUCCAAGGACACUGAGGGGAAAAUAAAGCAGACAAUGGACAAGGCCUUUUGGGAUGGUAUCAUGGAAAAUGAAGCAGGUGAAAAAAGGCCUUGCAUCACAUUCUUCCAAAGACAUGGGUGGUCAAUUAUGAAAUUUAUCCCUUAUGGUACGGUAUAUGUAGGAAUAUGUGUUGUAUAACUUGAUUUGUAAUAUUGGAGUAGGGAAUUAAGUAUAUAUAAAUGCGGACAAAGGUAAUAAAAUCAUUGAAUGUAGCUAUUAGAUCAUAACUACAUAUAUGUAUAUAUACCUUGUAUGUGUGAAAUGACAAAUUAUUAUUUAAUUA